AUGAAGGGACAAAGCUCUGCUCGAUAUAUGGCAGUGCCAUCAUUAACUGUAACGCAAUCAUCUGACCUAUCCACGCCUCCAUCAUCAUCUACAAAAACAACAUCGCCUGCAAGUUCAUUGUCUGGUGUUACCCCACCUUCUAGGUCUUCUUUACCAAGCAAUGAGUCCCUGAAUACAAACACAGCACCACCGUCAUAUGCAUCAAUAUUUUCAGAUAUACAACACCUGGCUCCGGUACAGUUUGUCACUUCUUUCAUCCCCGAAAGCCAUAACGAUGCCAAUGCCGAUGCCGAUGCCGAUGACGACGACGACGACGACGAGAUUGAACACAUUGAACAUUUCAAAUACAAGCAGGAUUUGGAGAGAAAACUUACAGUGACAUCAGUGAUUGGGUUGGGAUUUUCUGUUAUGGGAGUGCCAUUUGGAUUAUCCUCAACAUUAUGGAUCUCACUAAUGGAUGGUGCUAAUGUCACAAUACUAUAUGGUUGGCUCAUUGUAUGCGUCAUGUCACUCUUUGUCGUGUUAAGUUUGAGCGAGAUCAUCUCAAAGUAUCCUACCGCAGGUGGUGUUUAUCACUUUAGUGCAUUGUUGAGUAAUGAUAAAUAUUCACUUAUAAGUUCAUGGAUCACUGGGUGGUUAUUACUUAUUGGCAACUGGACAUAUGCUGUGAGUAUCAUGUUUUCAGGAUCACAAUUUAUACUUUCAAUAUUUGGAUUGAAAGACUUUGAGUACAAGGAAGACCGGUUCCUAGUGCUAGGAGUUUACUACUUGAUUUUGGCUACUGUGGGGUUUAUCAAUUUUAGAUUUUCAAAACAUUUGGAAAGGAUCAACAAAGCAUGUAUUCUAUGGACUAUAUACACCGUGUUGGCCAUUGAUGUGUUGCUUAUAUUUUUUGCGAAAAAGACAAAUUCAAUCAAGCAUAUAUUGACCACCUUUGAUAAUUCUAGAUCGGGCUGGCCAGAUCCAAUAGCAUUUAUAGUUGGAUUGCAAAGCUCUUCAUUCACACUAACAGGAUAUGGAAUGUUAUUCUCCAUUACAGACGAAGUCAAGAACCCCGAGAGGAAUAUGCCAAAAGGUGUGAUAAGUGCAAUCUUGAUGUCUACAGUCACUGGCAUAAUCUUUAUCAUUCCGAUAUUGACCAUUUUACCAGAGUUGGAGUUAUUACUAGACAAAAAUUCAAACAUCAUGCCAAUUGAUCUUGUUUUCAAGUUGUCAACAGAGUCGUACAUUGUAAGCUUUCUUAUGGCCUGUCUUAUGAUUGGUACUGUUAUAUUUCAAAGUAUCGGUUCUUUAACCACGGCAUCAAGAAGCACUUUUGCGUUGGCUAGAGAUGGUGGGUUACCCAUGGCCCAUUUGUGGACCGAGGUGAAUUCAAUUGAAGAAUAUACUAUACCACGAAAUGCAUUGUUUUUGUCGAUGUUUGUUUGUGCGAUAUUAUCGCUUCUCUCAUUGAUUUCAAAGUCUGCAUUUAGCGCCUUUAUGGGUGCAGCGGUUGUGUCUUUAGCUGUGGCCAAUGGGAUCCCAAUUUUUUUGUUGAUGUUGAACAAGAGACGCAAGAUCAAAGGUGCUGCUUUCAAAUUGAGGUAUUUUGGGUGGUUGGUCAAUGGCAUUUCAGUGGCAUGGAUCAUUUUGUCAGUAUUUAUCUUGUGCAUGCCUCCCGUGAUAAAGAAUUUGACAUGGCUCAAAAUGAACUAUGCUAGUGUUGUAUUGGUGUUGUUUCUUGGUUUUGCCACACUUGGGUAUAUCACGUGGGGAAAGACGAGUUUCCAUGGACCACAAAUAGACACAGAUUAUUUUGAACUUAAUAAUUUAGAAGCAGCAGCACGUAAGAAUUUGGACACAUUUGUCAUUGGCGGCGAAGAGGAAGCGGAAGAUGAAAGAAUAGGGGGACAAUGUGUUGAUGUUGAUAAUGAUACUAAUAAUGAUAACAACAACAACAACAACAACAACAACAACAACAACGACUACAACGACGAUGAUGAAAAUAAUAAUAAUAAUAAUAAUAAUGAUGAUGACGAUGAUGACGAUGAUGAGGUAUUUGUUAAACCUCCGCAAUUGGCACAUGAGAAGCAGGCACUAUCACCAGACGUCUCUGUAGAAGACGAAGGGUCGAUUGCACGAUCACUGCGAAGAGCACCGGCUAGCAAUCUACAGAAUGUCGUCUUGUUCAAUGCAGACGCUGAUGCUAAUGAUUAUGAUAUCGACGGUGGUAAUUUACCACGAACUUAA